GACUUUCAAAUGCAGCGUUAUGAAAGUGAUGGUGACACACUGAAAAUGAAGCCAUUAAAUUGUUUCACGAUUGAGAAGAAAACAAAAUAGCAGACAAUAUCGAAAAACCAAAAUGUCUGCCAUACCUGCACCACAACAAAAACUUCUGUCACAAAUCAAACAACACUCAAAAUCGAACGCACAUAGAAGAAAUCAUCACGACAAAGACGUCGCCAUGUUAAGCCACAGAAGACGAUAUAUCAAAUCAAUCGAUGGCUCAUCAAUACUACAAAUCUUCUUAAUUAGUAUAAUUCUAAGCCUACUCACAGUACAAACAUCUUCAUAUUUAAUAGUUGUUAAUGAAACCGUCGACCCUGGCACAGUGAUAUUCAAUGCCUCGGUUUAUAAACUCGGUUCCGAAAGGCAUUACAAAAUCAAUGCCCAUAAAUCUGCUCAUUUUGUGCAUCAUCUAGUCGAAGUUAAUCACAAAGAUGGCAGAAUUAUGUUAAAGAAACAUUUAAAGUGCGAUGGGAUAUACUAUCCAAAUUUAUUCACAUUUUAUGUGGAUUCUACAUCGAAUCGUUUAAGAAGCAUAGACUAUUAUAGUUUACCAAUUCGAAUAUUUGUUGCUGGAAGUGAUUGCAAUGAUGAUCGAAGAAUCGAAAUGUAUGGAAGACUUUUCGAAGAAGAAGAUACUGGAUAUUCGAAAAGACGUCGAAGACGAUUUAUACAAAAUGAUGAUGAUCCUGAUGAACGGUUUUAUGGGGAAUAUGUGGGACAUAAUCACCUCGAAUUCAAUCACAAUGACAGUCGAAAAUUUCAAGAUGGCGACUUAAUAUUUGGUGAUUCGUUCGAUAAUGAAAUGAGACAUCGAAUUCUAUCUCGAAAACGAAGAUCAAGGGACUUCGAUUCGGAUGAAGGUUCAAUGCAUCGAAGAGUUGCCGAUGCGAAACAAUGGAUCUCGGAGACUUAUGCUUCCUAUGCGAUCCACACAACUGACAAGUGGAACAAAAUUUGCCUAAAAAAGUCUCAGUUUAUCAAUAAUCUUAAUGCAUUUCUGCCAAAAUCGGUCUGUCAAAAUUGUAAAGUAAACUUUUUAGAUGUCAAUGACGAGCGAUUUCUUAUCGAGUCUCGAAACCGAGAUCUUGUAGCAAGUCGAGAUGUUUGUAUUCAUGAGUCAAUAUGGAAACUAAUCAUCACUUUCAAUAUUCGUUGCAAUCGAAAUGAUAUUGUCGACUCUGAUCAUCGAUUGAAGAUCGUCUAUCAUCAUCAAGAGUUCAAUGAUACUGAUAUUGCGAAAAGGGUCCGAAGGGAGUUAAGGAACCAAAGUCCCUAUUUCGAACAGGCUUUGUAUGUAGCUCCGGUAUUGGAAGAACAACCAGCAGGUUCGACAGUGACAACUGUUCGUGCCAGAGAUCCCGAAGAUUCUCCAGUCGUUUACUCCAUGGUGUCACUUCUUGACUCCAGGUCCCAAUCUCUGUUUAAAGUCGACUCACGAUCAGGAGUUGUUACCACUUCGGCAAGUCUUGAUCGGGAGCUUAUGGAUGUGCAUUAUUUCCGAGUUGUGGCAACUGAUGACAGCUUUCCCCCUCGAUCGGGUACAACAACUUUACAAGUGAACGUUCUCGAUUGCAACGAUCAUAGUCCAACUUUCGAAGCCGAACAGUUCGAAGCGAGUAUUCGAGAGGGCGCCACAGUAGGUUCCACAGUGAUAACUCUUCGAGCAACUGAUCAAGAUAUCGGGAAGAAUGCUGAAAUCGAAUACGGAAUUGAGAAUGUUUCCAGUACUGGAAUAACCUCUCAGGAGAGAAAUGCCAACACUUUUCGAAUCGAUGGACGAACUGGAGUUAUAUCAACCAGAAGCUCAUUAGAUCGAGAAGCUUCUGAAAGUUACACUCUGAUCGUUACAGCUACUGACAUGGCACCGUUACAAAGUGAACGAAAAACAGCUACUGCCACGGUGCUUGUGAAGAUCCUUGAUGACAAUGAUAACUAUCCGCAGUUCAGUGAAAGAACCUACACUGUCCAAGUGAAUGAAGAUCAGUGGGGUGAUGAUAACGUAGUAGCCCACAUCAAAGCUACCGAUGCUGAUCAAGGCAACAAUGCAGCUAUUCGAUAUGCUAUAAUUGGCGGUAAUACUCAAUCCCAAUUCUCUAUUGAUUCAAUGAGUGGAGAUGUCUCGUUGGUGAAGCCCCUGGAUUAUGAAAGUGUUCGAAGUUAUCGGUUGGUGAUUAGGGCCCAAGAUGGAGGAAGUCCUUCGAGGAGUAACACAACUCAGUUGUUGGUAAAUGUGAUCGAUGCAAAUGACAAUGCACCGAGGUUCUACACAUCCCAGUUUCAAGAAUCGGUCUUGGAGAACGUUCCGGUGGGUUACAAUAUCAUUCGAGUCCAGGCUUAUGAUUCCGAUGAAGGUGCCAAUGCAGAGAUAACCUACAGCAUCUCUGAAAGAGAUGAUAACUUUCCUUUGUCGGUAGAUCCCCGAACUGGAUGGGUACAAACUAUCAAACAAUUGGACCGGGAAGAGCAAAGUCGCUAUACAUUCCAAGUGAUUGCUAAAGAUGGCGGAAUUCCCCCAAAAUCAGCUAGUUCUUCGGUAGUAAUCACAGUUCAAGAUGUCAAUGAUAACGAUCCUGCAUUUCGACCAAAAUACUAUGAAGCGAAUGUUGGUGAAGAUCAACCACCUGGAACUCCAGUGACCACGGUGACUGCUACUGAUCCCGAUGAAGAUUCAAGACUUCAUUAUGAAAUAACGACUGGAAAUACAAGAGGAAGAUUUGCUAUAACUUCUCAAAAUGGCCGGGGACUAAUUACAAUCGCUCAGUCUUUGGAUUACAAACAGGAACGAAGAUUUCUUCUGACAGUUACAGCAACUGAUUCAGGUGGAAGAUCAGAUACAGCAACAGUUAAUAUAAAUGUUACCGAUGCUAAUAAUUAUGCACCGAUUUUUGAGAAUGCUCCUUAUAGUGCUUCGGUUUUUGAAGAUGCACCAAUUGGAACCACUGUUUUGGUAGUAUCAGCAACUGAUAGUGACGUUGGAAUUAAUGCUCAAAUUACUUAUUCCUUAAAUGACGAAAGUAUCAAUGGAAUGGGAGCUCAUGAUCCUUUUUCGAUCAAUCCACAAACCGGAGCAAUCGUUACUAAUGCAGCUCUUGAUCGAGAGACCACAAGUGGAUAUCUUUUGACAGUUACAGCAAAAGAUGGUGGAAACCCUUCUUUGAGUGAUACAACAGAUGUGGAGAUCAGUGUGACAGAUGUCAAUGAUAAUCCACCGGUUUUCAAAAACCCUCUCUAUCAAGCUUCGAUUUUGGAAGAUGCCCUAGUUGGGACUUCGGUUGUUCAAGUUUCAGCAACUGAUCCUGAUAUGGGUCUGAAUGGACGAAUAAAGUACAUCUUGAGUGAUAAAGACGAAGAAGACGGAUCGUUUGUGAUUGAUCCAACUUCUGGCACGAUCAGAACAAACAAAGGUCUUGAUCGUGAGUCAGUGGCAACAUAUCACUUGAUGGCUAUUGCAGUUGAUAAAGGAUCACCCCCUCUAAGCAGUUCGGUAGAAGUUCAAAUCAGACUUGAAGAUGUUAAUGACUCUCCACCAACAUUCUCCUCUGACAAGAUUACUUUGUAUGUUCCAGAAAACUCUCCAGUGGGAUCGGUUGUUGGUGAGAUUCAUGCUCAUGAUCCUGAUGAAGGUGUAAAUGCUAUUGUUCAUUAUUCAAUUAUUGGGGGAGAUGACUCGAAUUCGUUUUCUUUGGUUACCCGGCCAGGGUCCGAACGUGCACAAUUACUUACAAUGACCGAACUUGAUUAUGAAUCUUCACGAAAGAAGUUUGAAUUAGUUAUUCGAGCUGCCAGCCCUCCUCUUCGGAAUGAUGCUCAUGUGGAAAUCCUAGUCACUGACGUAAAUGACAAUGCACCAGUUCUGCGCGACUUCCAAGUGAUCUUUAAUAAUUUCCGUGAUCACUUUCCCAGUGGAGAGAUCGGGCGGAUACCAGCAUUUGAUGCCGAUGUAACAGACAAGCUAUCAUAUCGGAUUCUUUCAGGAAACAAUGCGAAUCUUUUAAGACUUAAUACAACUUCUGGAGGGCUAAUACUUAGUCCACAGUUGAAUACAAAUGUUCCCAAGUUUGCAACUAUGGAGGUGUCCGUGUCAGAUGGGAUUAACGAAGCCAAAGCUAUCAUGCAACUUUCGGUGCGUCUCAUUACGGAAGAUAUGCUUUUUAACUCGGUGACAGUAAGGCUCAAUGAGAUGACUGAAGAAGCCUUUCUUUCACCUUUGCUGAACUUCUUUCUUGAUGGUCUGGCAGCUAUUAUACCCUGCCCCAAAGAAAAUAUCUAUAUGUUCUCAAUUCAAGACGAUACCGAUGUUACAUCACGAAUUCUCAAUGUAAGCUUUUCAGCUAGAAGACCUGAUGUGUCCCAUGAAGAAUAUUAUACCCCUCAGUACCUGCAAGAAAGGGUUUAUUUAAACCGAGCCAUCUUGGCCCGCCUCGCGACCGUAGAAGUUCUGCCAUUCGAUGAUAACCUCUGUGUUCGUGAGCCUUGCCUAAACUUUGAGGAGUGUCUAACUGUUCUCAAGUUCGGAAAUGCUUCGGAAUUCAUCCAUAGUGACACUGUACUCUUCCGGCCAAUCUACCCAGUUAACACCUUUGCUUGUUCCUGUCCUGAGGGCUUUACUGGCAGUAAGGAACACUAUCUCUGUGAUACCGAAGUGGAUCUUUGUUAUUCCGAUCCCUGUCUAAACGGUGGAAAGUGUCAGCGUCGUGAAGGUGGAUAUACUUGCCUUUGUACUCCUGAAUACACUGGAACAAACUGUGAAACUGUAAUUUCGAAGCUCAAACCAUGUACCGCUGAAUUGUGUGAUGGAGGACAUUCGUGCAUGAAUACGCUUCUAACCAGCUCUCAACCACCACCGUACACUGCCACGUGUGAGCUGAGAUCUCGUUCGUUCUCCCGGAAUUCAUUCCUAACCUUUGAAAGUCUCAAACAACGUCAUAGGUUUAACUUGAAACUACGAUUUGCCACAGUUAAUGACAACGGAUUGUUACUCUACAAUGGAAGGUAUAACGAGCUUCAUGAUUUUAUAGCCUUGGAGAUUCUUGGAGGUUAUGUAUCAUUUUCGUUCUCCUUGGGUGAUCGAAUUCAAUCGGUUAGUGUCCGUCACAAUCCAAAAGUCUCCGAUGGAAAUUGGCACAGAGUAGAAGUAACCUAUCUAAACCGGACCGUUACAGUAGCUUUGGAUGAGUGUGAUACAGCGAUAGCUUUGGCUGGAAACUUGGGAGAUCGAUGGAGUUGUGCCAAUCAAACGACUUUAAUACUUGACAAAAAGUGUGCCUCUCUUACUGAAACCUGUCACAGGUUCCUAGAUUUAACCGGUCCACUACAAAUCGGUGGACUUCCAAGAAUUCCUGCACAUUUCCCAGUGGAAAAUCAAGAUUUCGUCGGAUGUAUUUCUGACCUUCGAGUCGAUGAUCGAUUUAUUGAUUUGAAUUCGUAUGUUGCUGAUAAUGGAACUAUAUCGGGAUGUCCCCAAAAGGCUCCUUUAUGUUCUUCGGAUCCCUGUUUCAAUGGUGGAAUUUGUAAAGAAGGCUGGAACACAUAUACCUGCGAGUGUCCUGAAGGAUAUGCUGGGAAUACCUGCCAGGAACCUAUUCCAGCUCCAUGGAGAUUCUCCGGUGAUGGUAGUUUGAGUUUUAAUCCUCUUCUUCGACCCAUUCAGCUUCCAUGGGUAACUUCCCUGUCGAUUAGGACUCGCCUUCAAGAUGCUUUUAUCAUACAAAUCCAGAUUGGACAGAAUAGUUCUGCUAUAAUCUGUCUUAAAGGGGGGAUCUUAUACUAUAUUUAUGACAGCGAGCCAAUGUAUCUUGCUGGAGCUGACCUAGCCGACGGAGUUUGGCAUCGUAUCGAGAUCAAAUGGCUUGGAGCUGAGAUCCAGUUCUCAGUUGAUUAUGGGCAACGUAUGGGAGUGGUUCCAAUGUCCCAAAAAGUCCAGGGUCUGUACGUUGGGAAAAUCGUUAUCGGAAGUCCUGAUGUAUCCUUUGGAUCCAUGUCUGAUUUGAUGCCAUUUGAAGGCUGUAUACAAGAUGUUCGUAUUGGAGCACCUCAAACGGUUCUAAGUCGUCCAACAAUUCGGGAAAAUGUAGACGAUGGAUGCCUAUCGCAGGCUGAAUGUCCCGAGACCUGCCCAAUGCAUUCAAGUUGCUUUACCAGCUGGGACGAAGCACAUUGUGAUUGUCUUCCGGGAUAUGUAGGUCCCGAUUGUGCUCCAAUAUGCACUGUUAAGCCAUGUUCGGCAGGGGUUUGUCGAGCUAAUGUCAAUGAAAAACGUGGAUACCGUUGUGAGUGUAAUAGCACCGUUCAACAUGGCGAUUAUUGUGAGAAGACUCUUCAGCAACCAUGUCCGGGAGGAUGGUGGGGUGAAAAAGGCUGUGGGCCAUGUAAAUGUAAUCUUAAACAGGGUUAUCAUCCGGACUGCAACAAAACUACUGGACAGUGUUACUGCAAGAAUAACCAUUAUCAACCUUUAAACGAAACAGCUUGUAUCCCUUGCGACUGCUAUUCUAUUGGGUCUUUCAAUAGUGCUUGUAACCGACUUACCGGACAAUGUGAGUGUCGUGAAGGUGUCAUAGGACGAAGAUGUGAUUCCUGUUCAAAUCCCUAUGCCGAAGUAACUUUGAACGGCUGUGAAGUGGUCUAUGAUGCUUGUCCAAGAUCAUUCUCAGCUGGUAUCUGGUGGCCAAGAACUCCCCUUGGAAGUACAACCAUCGAAAAUUGUCCAACUCCAAGUCGUGGGAAAGGUUCGAGAGUUUGUGAUAUAACCUCCGGAGGUUGGGGUCCAGCUGAUAUGUUCAACUGUACCUCUGAACCAUUUGUAGAAAUUCGGAAACAAUUGGGCCAACUUGAAAAGAUGGAGCUUGAACUGAAUUCCUUUGUUUCGGUCAAACUUGCUGAAAGUCUUCAACAUGCUUGUGAAGUUGUUGACCGUUCAAGUACAGUGAAAAAAACUAAGCCUAAAGAUAGCCGACGAUACAAAAUGGAGUCAUCAUUCCUUAUUAACGAAGCUAACAACGUUUGGUCUAAUGAAUUCGAAAUGGAAUAUCUUUCCGAUGAGGUUAAAUUCACCCAUGACCGACUUUAUGGUGCAGAUUUACUGGUUACCGAAGGAAUUCUUCAUGAACUUAUCAAUUACGAGCUUAUGCAAAGUGGCUUGAAUCUUUCCCACAGUCAGGAUAAGUAUUUUAUUAAGAAUCUGGUAGACAGUGCAAGUGUAAUUUUGGACAAAAAGUAUGAAAAAGAAUGGAAACGAGCUAUGGAAUUGAUUCAGCGAACUCCUGAUGAUCUUAUCGAUGCUUUUAACAAGUAUAUGAUUGUUUUAGCUCGAUCGCAACAUGAUACCUAUACAAAUCCUUUUGAAAUUGUUCAAAAAAAUAUGGUAAUGGGUUUGGAUAUUGUGACAACCGAGUCAUUAUUUGGUUAUGAACCCGAACAGCUUAGCGAAUAUCAUAAAACCAAGUUUCUGAAACCGAAUCAGUUUACUACGGAAAGUGUUGUUCUUCCAGAUACUAGUGGUUUCUUGCAACAUUCAGCAAAACAGAAACCAGCUAUAACUUUUCCCAAGUAUAAUAAUUACAUCCAGGAUAAGAAUAAAUUCGAUAAAUACACGAAAGUACUGGUGCCACUUGACAUGCUUGGUAUUCAACCUCCUGAGAAGAAUGAAGUUACUCAGGGAUCCAAUGAUUAUCGAGCUAUUGUCAGCUAUGCACAAUACAAAGACGUUGGGGAAUUAUUCCCCGAAAUGUUCGAUGAAACUAUAACUCGACGAUGGGGAGUGGAUAUCCAAGUUGCGACUCCAAUUCUCUCACUGGCGAUCUUGGUUCCCAGCAAUGACGAAGACAAAAAGAUAGAAAUUCCUUCCCGGAAGAUCUCAUCUCAAAAAUCUGACAAUUCCGAUACAAAUUCGGUAGUCGAGGUCUUUGAGGUUCCUGGAGUUGGAACAGGACCCAAGGACAAAAGCAGUGAAGAACAUAUGAAUGAGAAUAUCAAAAUUAUUGCUCAUGAAAUCGAAGCUUCAGAAGAAGAAGUCGAACUGGAUGUGGACCCCGAUAUCCAUGUCCAUUUCGAUGAGAGUGACAUAGAAUUCCGAGGAUCUAGCGGUGAAGAAACUCAACUUGCAGCUGCUUCAAAUGAAGCUGAAAAACCAAAGAACGAUCCAACAAUGUCACAGGAAAAUGAAUCAACAUAUCGAGCUCGAAGACUUGUCAAACGUCAAGCUGAAGUUAUAUACCCUUCGGAACAGGAUCAACCUGCAGAAAAACAUUUAACCUAUCGAUCGUUAGGUUCUCCACAUCUUUCUCAACCGAUAAAGUUGCAAAUGUGGCUUGAUAUUGAUCCAACACGAUUUGGUCCACGAUCGAACCCUCAAUGUGUUCGAUGGAACACGUUCACAAAUCAAUGGACCCGUCUUGGUUGUCAAACUGAGAUCCCCGAUUAUGAUGAAGGAAUUGUUGAAGGGCAACCAAUUAUGAUCAAUUGUUCGUGUUCACAUGUUUCUAACUAUGCUGUGAUUGUGGAUAUCAUUGAUCCUGAGGACAUUCCGGAGCCAUCACUCCUCGUUCAAAUAACAUCAUAUUCAGCUUUUAUGAUUUCUUUGCCAAUUCUAUUCAGUGUUUUGGUGGCUUUAGGACUUCUUCGAGGAAUGCAAACAAAUUCCAAUACAAUCCAUCAGAAUAUUGUCCUUUGCGUAUUCUUUGCUGAACUUUUGUUCUUCGUGGGAAUGCAAUCCCGGAGGAACCUCUUGGAGAACGAGUUUCCUUGCAAACUUAUCGCGAUUUGUUUGCAUUAUACAUGGUUAGCGGCAUUUGCAUGGACUACAGUGGACUGUGUCCAUUUAUAUCGAAUGUUGACUGAAAUGAGGGAUAUUAAUCACGGUCCAAUGGGAUUCUAUUUUUCCAUGGGUUAUGGAGCACCGGCCAUUGUUGUUGGACUUUCUGUUGGAGUAAGGGCUCAUGAAUAUGGAAAUAGUUUGUUCUGUUGGUUAUCAGUUUACGAGCCAGUAGUCUGGUGGCUAGUUGGUCCAAUUGCCGGAAUGUCAGUCAUAAACCUCCUCAUUCUCUUCGUAUCUGUCAAAGCUGCCUUCACUUUGAAAGAUCAUGUUUUAGGCUUUGGAAACCUUCGGACUUUAUUGUGGCUUUCAGUAGUUUCUUUGCCGUUGAUGGGAGUUAUGUGGGUUCUAGCAGUUCUAGCAGCUUCGGAGAAUUCUCAACUCUUGAGUAUCCUUCUCUCAGCUGUAGUAGUCCUUCAUGCGAUAUUUUGCUUGAUUGGCUAUUGCAUAAUCAACAAACGCGUACGAGAAAAUCUUCAUCGAACCUUCCUCCGUUGUAUGGGAAGGAAGGUUCCACUCUUGGAUUCAUCCCUAGUUGUUAGUAAUAGUUCCCAUAACGUUAACUCAUCCCGGCCGAAUAAUUUCCUAGCCGGAAACUAUGAUACAGCAAGAAGAAAUAUCGGUAUUAGUGCUUCGAGUACAACUUCAAGAAGUACGGCUAAGACAAGUUCAAGCCCUUACAGUGACGGCCAACUUCGACAAACCUCAACAUCAACAUCAAACUACAAUUCUGCCAGUGAAGCUCCAAGCUACUUACGAGGUUUUGAAUCUUCCAGUAGCCGAAGGGAAGAAAAACCUCGACGUCAUCGAAAAGACUCCGACUCCGGUUCGGAAACUGAUGGUCGAAGUUUAGAACUUGCCAGUAGCCAUUCAAGUGAUGAUGAUGAAUCAAGGACUGCCAGAAGUACUGGAACCCACCGAAGUACUGGUGUAAGUGCUACACCGUCUUAUCUACCAAAUAUUACAGAACAUGUUCAAGCAACAACUCCACCGGAACUUAAUGUCGUUCAGAGCCCACAGCUGUUUCCAAGUGUGAAUAAGCCAGUUUAUGCUCCAAGGUGGUCAAGUCAACUUCCCGAUGCUUAUUUGCCUUCUCCACCAAAUAUCGGAAGAUGGUCCCAAGAAACCGGGUCGGACAAUGAAGUUAUACACCCACAUAAGACUAAUUCUCCCAAUCCCUUGCCUAAUCCUGAUCUCACAGACACAUCCUACCUGCAUCAGCAUCAGAACAAAAUCAAUAUGCCACCAUCGAUUCUUGAGAAUAUUCAGAAUGCCCGAAAUGAUAACGGGUAUGAGGUGGAACGGGAAAGUCUAUACGGCCGGAGGAAGGAUUAUCAAGAUAAUUACGGUCAGUUUGAUUUACAAGGACAGACUGUUACUGGAACUUAUAAACCUCCGAGUCAUUAUGGGAGUGAAAAAGAUUAUGGCGGUGGAAAUGGCGGAGGGUCUCAGAUUGUUAACCACAUGAGAUCGUUCCAUCCGGACAAUGCGUACCUAAGUGACAAUAUCUAUGAAAAACAAAGAACGCUUGGAAACACUUAUCUUACGGCGAAAUCAUCAGAUUCACCUUAUAUGUCAAAAGAACGGAUCGCCCCGGAUAUAUACGGUUCCCGGGAUAACCAUUACACUCUCAAAACUCAGCCUUUAUACGGUGAUUCAAUGCACAGCGUACAUUCCCUGCUGAAAAACGACUAUCAGCAAAAUCAACAACAACAGCAUCAACAAGCUCAACAAAUCCGUCAAAUGGAAUAUCAUUCCGAUCGGAUGUCAGAUGGUUCCGAUAAAAAUGGUUACCAUUUUCCCUAUACCGCUGAAGAAGACCAUUCAGCGACAAGUCUUGGCCGAAAGCAAAACCAUCAUAUGGUCAAUGAUAUCAAUAAUCCGGGAAUUCCUCAGAGUCGACUAUCGUCUAGGCAUGGAUCGAGAGCUUCCUCCCCACCGAGCAUAGUGGCACCAAUGCAGCCAUUAGCCCCGCUAACCAGUAUAACAGACACUGAGAGGAAUAUUGAUGAUGAUGAAACGACCGUGUGAUUGUAUUAAAAAAAAAAAAACGAACAAAUGGACUCUCAAGAUAAAUUUCCUAUACUCCAUCACUAAAGGAUAUCAACUGUGUGUCCUGCAAAGUUCUAUAAAUAUUUAUAUAAAUUGUUGAUUCAAAAAGAAAAAACAAUACCAUAAAUAAAGCUUAAAUAAAAAAAAAUAAUUUAAAGUGUAUAGUGUUAGAAAAAAAAGACAUACAAAAUAAAAAAUAUAUCUAUUUACAAAAAAAAAGAGGAUAGAAAUAUGUAUAUGGAGAGAGAGAAAAUGUGAAUUGGAAAAGUGAAUUGAAAUAUUUAUACAUAAUUAUAUCGUACAUUUAAACCAUAAAAAAUAUUAGUUUACACAAGAUAUAAAUUUAUGAGAUAUAAACAAAUACAAAUUAAUAAAAAAAAAAAGAUACAUAGAUACCAGAUAUAAAAUGCAUUUAUUUACCAACACAUUAUAAAAAACUUAUUGGAAAUUAUUUGAAGAGAAAUUGAAAAAUC